AUGGUUAGUACAAGAUAUGGUAGAGUACUUCGAAAUAUAUCUAAUUCUGAAUCCGGAGAAUCAAGUGUUACCGGAACUAGAAGUUCCAGAAGAAAUACUAGAACUGUAGCUAGAAAAAGAAACUCUUCAGAUGAUUUUGAUGACGAGUUUAAUUUAAAUGUUUCAAGGGAAAAGAAAAUUAAAAAAACGGAUCCUACUCUAAGUUCAUCCAUGAGAUUUGAACAAUUAUUAAAUAAAAUUGAAGAAAUUUCUGGAAGAAUGAACUUUGGAAAUGUGAGUAACACACCUAAGAAAAAAAUAUCAAAAAGAAAUGAUACUAAUAAAAGACGACACUCUUUUGAUGAAUGUGAUAAUGAUAUUAAUGACGGUAAUGGAGGGUACACAUUUACCCAGUCACCUUCUUUUAUUAAUGGUGAGAUGAGGGAUUAUCAAAUACAUGGGUUAAAUUGGUUGAUAACACUUAGAACAAAUAAUGUUAAUGGAAUAUUGGCUGAUGAAAUGGGUCUUGGAAAAACAUUACAAACUAUUUCAAUAUUGGCUUAUGUAAAAUUUUUUGAAAGUGAAAUAAAGGGAACAGAUGAUUAUUUGCCUUCUAUUAUUAUUGUACCACUCUCUACACUCAAUUCUUGGGCAACUGAAUUUAAAAGAUGGACAAAUGGUAUGCGUGUCCUAACAUAUCAUGGAAAUAAAAAAGAACGUGGAAUGUUUAUCAAAAAUAAGUUAAGAAAAAUAAAAUUUGAUAUUGUUUUAACAACUUAUGAAAUGUUUGCUAAAAAUGGUGGUGAACUUAAGAAAAUACCAUGGGAAUAUGUUGUUAUUGAUGAGGCACAUCGUAUAAGAACUGAAGAAACAAUUCUUAGAAAACAAGUUAAUUUUCUUAAGUCAAGAAAUAAAUUAUUGUUAACCGGAACACCAUUACAAAACAACCUUCAUGAGCUUUGGUCAUUACUAAAUUUCCUUCAACCACAAUUAUUUAAUGAUGCUGAUGAUUUUGAUAAUUGGUUUGAUAGCAAUAAAUGUUUAGCUGAAGGAGAAAUGAUGAUUGAAAAGUUACACAAAAUUAUUAAUCCUUUUAUUCUUAGAAGAAUCAAGAAAGAUGUUGAGAAAGGUCUUCUUCCAAAAAAGGAGACAACAUUAUUUGUUGGUCUUUCUAAUAUUCAGAAAACUCUUUAUAAAAAAAUUUUAUUGAAAGAAUCGGAAAUGUUGAUUAAUGGGAAAAUUUCAAAGGCUAAGUUACUUGGUAUUAUGCAACAACUUCGGAAAGUUGUUAGUCAUCCUUAUUUAUUUCCUGGCAUUGAACCUGGUCCUCCAUAUGUAGAAGGUGAACAUAUUAUAACAAGUAGUGGAAAAUUAAACGUUCUUGACAAACUUUUGGUUAAGUUGAAAUCACAAGGAUCUAGAGUUUUAAUUUUUUCCCAAUUUAUUGGUACAUUGGAUAUUCUUGAAGAUUAUAUGACCAUGAGAAAUUUUACAUACCAUAGAUUUGAUGGUUCUACACUUUACAUGGAAAGACAGGAGUUUAUUGAUGAGUUUCAAGAAAAAGGUUCUGAAACAUUUGCUUUUUUAAUUUCAACCCGAGCUGGAGGAUUAGGAAUUACUUUAACUGCUGCUGAUGUUGUGAUAUUUUAUGACGUUGAUUGGAAUCCACAGGUGGAUUUGCAGGCAGCUGACCGUGCCCACAGAAUUGGUCAGAAGAAAGAAGUGAAAGUUUUUCGUAUUAUAACAGAAGGUACAAUAGAUGAAAGAAUUUGCGAAACUGCUGAAAGAAAAUUACGUUUAGAUAAUUUGGUUAUUCAAAAAGGAAGAAUGAAUGAAAUGAAAAAAGAAAUGGAAAAAGAAGAUUUAAUGGGAAUUAUAAGAAAUGGAGUAAGUGCUAUUGAUGAGUCUGGUGAAAACGAUGGUGAAUUUGAUCAUGGUAUAGAAGAAAUUAUUGAAAAAUCUUGUGAUAAAUUCAAAGUAUUAAAAGAAAAGCUUGAUGAAUUUUAUAAACCACAAGGUGAUGGUGUCUUGGGUGAUCUUCAAAAAUCUAACGGUGACUACAGCGUGUAUAAAUUUGAGGGUGAUGACUAUAAGAUUCUAAAAAAACUGAAUGAUAGUAAUAUUAAGGCAGAUCAAAAUAUUAUUUCAGGGAAAAGGAAAAGAAACUUACGUUUUGAUAAUUUCAAGCAUACAAGUGAUAAUAAAGCUAGGCAAUCAACAUCACCAGCUCCAAAUUAUGAUCACAAAAAAACAAAAUUGGAUAUACCAUUUCCUCCUGAUUACCAAACACAUAGGGAAUGCUUUUUAUGUUAUAAAGAAUAUAUAAAACUUUCUGAAAGAUAUGUUGCUUAUUUCAGAAAGUGCCAGAAUUUUUCCUACAUUCAAAAUGGCACUGUUGAGGUUAGCAAAGAUAUUAUUUUUAAGCAGAGAACAAUUGAUAAUGCAAUUCCUUUAACAAAUGAAGAAACAAAAAGAAUGUAUGAGCUUAAGGAAAAAGCCUUUUUUUCUAACUGGUCAACAAAAGAUUUUUCAAAAAUAAAAGGUCUUUUAUCAUCAUUUGGAAUGGACUUUGAUAAAAUCCGGAUUGAGCUACCAGACUAUGAUGUUGAUGAAAUAAAACGUUAUUCAGAUCGUUUAAUUGAAUAUGCUGAAGAAAAUAAUAUGAUAACAUUUUUAUUUAGAUUUAGAAAAGCAGAACAAAAUCGAGUUAGAAAGAUUAAACGUGCAAAGUAUAUUAAUGAUCUUUUUGAUAAUGCACGUGGCGAUCCAUUAGAUAUCAAUUUACCAAAUAAGAUGUUUUCAAAAAAAAAUCGUUCUGUCAACUAUACCCGUGACUUGGAACUAGACAAACAUAUCUUCUACUACUUUAUUUCUGAAAUAAGAAAGAAUGACAUUGAUGUUGACGAGAUUUCUGAGAAAACUAUUAUUCCUUUGUUGAAAUUGGAUUUUGUCAGUCGCCUAAAACGUGAAGUGAAAUUUUCCCAAAACUUGGAACUAAAUUGUUCAAUGGUUGUCAGUCAUUUCUUAAACAUUAUCCGAAAUAUUGACAAAGCAUCAUCAGUUGAUGUCACUUCAACUAAUCAGUAA